AUGUCCAUAGCACUCAAGCAAGUCUUUAAUAAAGAUAAGACUUUCCGCCCAAAACGCAAGUUUGAACCUGGAACCCAGAGGUUUGAACUUCACAAGCGUGCCCAAGCAUCUCUCAACUCAGGUGUGGACUUGAAAGCAGCUGUGCAGUUGCCCAGUGGAGAAGACCAGAAUGACUGGGUGGCUGUUCAUGUUGUUGACUUCUUCAAUAGGAUCAACCUCAUUUAUGGAACUAUCUGCGAGUUCUGCACGGAGAGGACCUGCCCAGUGAUGUCUGGAGGCCCGAAGUAUGAGUACCGGUGGCAAGAUGACUUGAAGUACAAGAAGCCCACAGCAUUGCCAGCACCCCAAUAUAUGAAUCUUCUCAUGGACUGGAUUGAGAUGCAAAUCAACAAUGAGGAUAUAUUUCCCACAAGUGUAGGAGUUCCCUUUCCGAAGAACUUUCUCCAGAUCUGCAAGAAGAUACUCUGUCGGCUUUUUCGGGUGUUUGUUCAUGUCUACAUCCAUCACUUCGACCGUAUCAUCCUUAUGGGGGCUGAGGCCCAUGUCAACACCUGUUACAAGCAUUUUUAUUAUUUUGUGACAGAGCUCAACCUCAUAGACCGCAAAGAACUAGAGCCUUUGAAAGAGAUGACAACCAGGAUGUGUCACUAAAAACUACCCACUGAAUAAAAGCAAAGUCCAAUUUCCUUCCUACUGCAGAGUUCAAGAACAUGACAGCCCUCAUGGACUGAGCCUGCUUGUUAAUCCCUGAGAGCAGGAAAGUUGGGAGCCACAGUUAUUGUCACAA